AUACAUAUAGGUAUCGGAGCGGUAUAAAGCGAGAGGCAACACACAUAGAUAUAUCGUUGUCGUCGUACAGCAGAGCGAGAGAGAGAGACAGAGAGCAAGUCACGUCAUAUCGGCUUGGGAAGCAAACUCCUCUACAAAGCACAGAGCUCCGAGCAAUUUAAGGAGGAUAUAUAGCUCCGAAAGGAGGAAGAAAGCGAGAUCGGGUCUUAGAGAGCUGCCAGAGCAGCAGCAGCACACGAGGCGGCGGCGACCAAACGAAUCGGCUUUGCAGCCUGCUUAUACUACGCGCGCAGUAGCGAGCAGUGUUUAUCAAUAGACGGUCGAUAGUUCGCUACGAUUCUCCAAAAUUCUACGUCGCGUCAGUAAAGCAGUGAGCACGAGAUUAUCUCGAAGCGCCGUCGUCGUCGUCAUCCUCAAGUUCAACAUGUCGUUCGCCCGACAAAAUCCACUUUUCCUCGGCAACAAGCGCGCCGUGCACUUCGGUCAAUCCCCGCGCGGACUGGCCCGCUGGCGAGGCAAAACGGCCAUGGUGACCGGCGUCGCGGGCGGUAUCGGCGAGGCGAUCGCCUACCGGCUGCUCAAAGCCGGCAUCAACGUCAUCGGGCUGGACCUGAACGUCGCCGAGCAGACACCUGCGGCCAAGGAACACAACAAGACGAAGGGCCCCGACGGUAUGUUUAUGCCACUGGAGUGCGACAUCACGAUCGACGAGCACAUCCGCAAGAUGUUCGACGUCGCUGAAAAUUGGCUUAACGGCGGCGUGCAGAUUCUGGUGAACAAUGCCGGCGUCAACGAUUACACGAGGAUCAUUGACAGCAACUGCCAGACGUUCGAGAAGCUGCUGAAAGUGAACGUCUUGGCGGCGGCCAAUGCCACGCAGAGGACCGUUCAAAUGUUGCGCGAUCGCGAGGAAGAAGGACACAUUUUCAAUAUUAACAGUAUCCUGGGUCUCGUUGUGCCAGAGUCCGGCUUGUUGGAGGAGAUAGGCGUCAACGGAUUGAACAUAUACCCAGCGACGAAGCACGCCCUCAGCGCCAUGUCAACGACGGUGAGGCGCGAGGUCUCACUGGCCAAUUUGCCCAUCAGGGUCACGAGUCUCCAUCCGGGCUUGGUCAAUACGAAGAUCGCCGCUCGCAACGAGGCAGUCAACAAGCACCUGAAGCACGUGCCUCAGCUCGAUCCGUCAGACGUCGCGGACGCCCUCAUGUACGCCCUCGGUACAAGUCCGGAAGUUCAGAUCAGCGAGAUGAGCAUCCGAAGAACCGGCGAGAUCGUGUAAAUACCGAUGAAUUUCGUUGAACGUUUGUUUGUUAUACAGAUAUUUGUUUCUGUUUAGUUUGAUGUUUGUUUCAUUUUUACGAGUCGCGUCCUCGCAAGCCGAGGAAAUAUUAUUCAUUUGCUGUUCUAAUAUUUAUCAACGAGUA